UGUCCCAUCCCCCGUCCCAUCCCUGCUUCCAGGAGGCGGGGCCACAAGAGGUGGUCUGGGCCCCAGUCAGAGGCCUAAUCCCAGCCCAGGCCGGCCUUCCCCAGGAGCUUGCCUCCUGCCCACACCCACGCCCCGGCCUCAGCUGCCUUGGAGCCCAUUGGGCCCCUCCCCGGCCCGCCCUGCCUAGGGCAAUGUGUGCACCUCUUCCUGUUCAGACCCACCCUCCACCUCAGCCAUGGAGUUUGAUCUCUCUGCAGCCCUAGGUGCCGAUGCCAAGAAGACUGAGAAGGGAGGUCUGCCGCAGGGCCCCCCCAAGCCUGGGGAACCCGCCCGGCCUAGGCCCCAGACCUCGGACUCCAGCAGUAGCAGCAGCAGCAGCUCUAGCGACUCUGACACGGAAGUGAAGCAUCGGGGGCCUGGCCAAGAGCCCCAGAAGGUGAAAAAACCAAAGAAAAUGAAGACGGCCAAAGAAAAGCGAGAGAAGAAGGAAAAAGGGAAGAAGGGGAAGAAGGGGAAGAAGGCGUCAGCCCCCUGAAGGCAGC